UUAUUCACGACAAGCGUUGUCAUCUUCAGCAAGGACUAAUGAGCAAAUAUUUUCCUUUUGAAAUGAAAUUGACAAGUUAAAGAUGAAAGGAAAAUACUGGAAUCAUUUGGGUUCUCACUGACAGGAUAAAAACACAGGAUUUCACAGUUACUUGUCAUGAAAGCUUAGGGAAGUUUGUUACCUGUUAUGCACCCAACUGGGAACAUGGAUGUUGGUUUUUCCCGUUCUGCUGUUCAGACACUGUCAAGAAGCCACUGCAAAAACAUCAAACAAAAAAUCUCUCAGUGGGAAGGAAGAACUAAUGGUUUAUCUAAUCCAAACAAGUGGCAUCCCAAGGACUUUGGAGUAAAAUAUAACUGUCAUCAAGAGAUUGCUAAAAAAAGUCCUGUUGUUGAAGCAAAGAGCAAGACGCUAGGUGUUAACUGUCAGAACGUUGGUCUAGAACAGAAGGAAUAUGUCAGAAGCCACCACGAUCAGACUGAGGAUGGAGAUGAGAAUCAGGAUGACGAGACCCGCCUCUGUGAAAAGAAACCAGAACCCAGCUGGGUGUGUUCUCAGGUGAAGCAAAUUGAAACCUGGAGAGAAGUUGUGUUAGAUCCAGAAACGUCAUUACCGCCAGGAAACUUCUAUACCUCACAGAUACUAUGGAAGAAGAUAGAGGCCCUUCCCCCAGAUAAAGUCUUAAACUUGGCUUUAGAACGUUGUGACUCUUCAGAAAAAGAACUGAAUCUCAGAGUUCUGGAUAGUUCAUGUGGAAUAACCAAGAGCUUAGAAAACAUUUACUCUGAACCAGAGGGGCAAGAAGGUGGACCUUCUAUAAAUCCUUUGCCAAAACCUCGUAGGACAUUCAGAUAUUUAUCUGAGUCUGGUGUUGUGCCAUGUCAUGAAAGAAACUGUGACAGAAAAUACUGUGAAACUAAUUCUUGUGCAGAGUCAUCUGUGGCCUCUCCUCGGCAACCUGAACCAAAGAAAUGUGGUGGAAAAAUCAGAGGGCGAUCCAAAAGGAAAUCCUUUGAAUUUGAGGAUAUUCAGCACUUUCGAAGUCGGAACUCACAGAAGAUUCAUGAAGAACUUGGAAGAACUUCUGGCUCGUCACUUUAUCACACACAGUCUGAGGACAAUAUCUAUGAGGAUAUCAUAUAUCCCAGCAAAGAAAAUCCGUAUGAAGAUAUUCCAAUACAACCGUUGCCCAUGUGGAGAACCCCCUCAGCCUGGAAGCUACCACCCCCUAAAAGUCCUUUCAGAGCACCCAAGUUCCCGCCCAAGCCCCAGUUCCUUCACCGGAAGACGAUGGAACUGAAGAACUCACAGGCCUUUUUAAGGUCAAAGUUCACAAAGGACACCACUCUGCCUGUCACUUUAACUGAAUGGAAGCUUUUCCGAGCUGGAGAAGUUGCAGACAGGAAAAGGAAAAAUCUUCCAAGGUUUGUGUUAAAAAUCAAUGACAUCUUUGAAUCUAAGAGAGGGAAGAAGAGAGUGAAAUUACACCCGUACACUGGGAAAGAUGCUCCUUCCACAAAAGGUGAAACCAGUGGGAACGAAAGUGACGCCGAGUAUCUGCCAAAGAACCGCCACAAGCGCCUGGCCCAGCUGCAGCACUCGGCCAAGAGGAACCCGCACUACCAGACCUUAGAGCGGGACCUUAUCGAGCUGCAGGAGCAGCAGCUGUUUGAACUGUUUGUGGUGGUGUCUCUACAGAAGAAGCCAUCAGAAGUAAGCUACAUUCCCCAGGUCAUACAGCAGUUCCCUGGCAAGGGGGAUCAUGGCUUUAAGCAGUCCAAGGACACUGAGGAGAGACUCAAAGUCAUCCCCAAGUUUUGUUUUCCCGAUGCCAAGGACUGGGUGCCGACCUCAGAACUCCAGAGUGAAACAUUCUCCUUUGUCUUGACCGGGGAAGAUGGCAGCCGGUGGUUUGGCUACUGCAAGAAGCUCUUGCCGGAGGGCAAAGGAAAGCGACUGCCCGAGGUUUACUGCAUGGUCAGUCGCCUCGGCUGCUUCAACCUCUUUUCCAAGAUUCUGGAUGAAGUAGAGAAGAGGAGAGAAAUGUCCCCGGCCCUGGUCCACCCCUUCAUGCGCAGCGUCAUGGAAGCCCCUUUCCCGGCCCCUGGGCGCACCAUCACGGUGAAGAGCUACCUCCCCGGGGCAGGAGACGGGUCCAUCGAACUCUGCCGGCCACUGGACUCUCGGCUGGAGCACGUGGACUUCGAGUGCCUCUUCAGGUGCCUGAGCGUGGGCCGCCUGGUCCGGGUCUGCGCCUCUCUCCUGCUGGAGCGAAGGGUCAUCUUCGUGGCCAACAGCCUCAGCACCCUGUCGAAAUGCGGCCACGCUGUGGUCGCCACCCUGUACCCGUUCACCUGGCAGCACACCUACAUCCCCGUCCUGCCCGCAUCCAUGAUCGACAUAGUGUGCUCACCCACGCCGUUCCUCAUCGGGAUCCUGUCCUGCUCCCUGCCGCAGCUGCAGGACCUGCCCAUCGAAGAGGUGCUGAUAGUCGAUCUCUGUGCAGACAAGUUCCUGCAGGAGGUGUCUGAUGAGGAUGAAAUUCUGCCACCUAAACUCCAAGCAGCCCUGAUGCAGAUUUUGGAAGAACGAAACGAAAUCUUGACUCAGGAGCCGAAUUUUUCACAAGACGUGACACUCAACUCCCUGGUGUCCGAAGCAUUUGUCAGGUUUUUUGUGGAGCUGGUGGGACAUUACUCUUUGAACAUGACUGUCACAGAGCGCGGGGAGCGUGUGUUCCAGAGGGAGCCGUUCCGCAAGUCCCACACCUCCCGCAGCGUUCGCCACUUCCUGGACCUCUUCAUGGAGACUCAGAUGUUUGCAGGGUUCAUUCAGGACCGAGAGCUCCGGAAAAGUGGGGUCAAAGGUUUGUUUGAGGUCCGGGCCCUCCAAUACUUGCAAACAAUUCCUGAGUCUGAGCCUAGUGGGGUGAAUAGAAUUUUGCGGAGUCUUGGAAGUAAAAUGAAAUUUCUGCAGAAGAAAUAAAUCUGGUUGUCUGCAUUCUAAAUAGAAUGGAAAGUGCCAAAGAAAAUAUUUUUCCAAGAGUCAAGAUGCCUUAGAGUAUUUCACAAAAUCCUUGAAAGAUGAUUACAGAGUAGGCCAGAUUCUCAGAGGAUUCUUCUGUUGCUGCUGUAGCUUUCACUGGAAUAGCCUGGAACUAAUGCUUUUUACUCUGUGUCCAAAUUUUUUUAAGUGGCCUUUUCUGUUUCACUUUCGGGCUUAUUCUUUGUGUUUUGUGCUUAGUCUGUGAAUGCACUUGUCUUUUACAAAGGAAAGACUUGAUGUUGCAUUUGAAAGAGCCCAAAGAUGAAUAUGAGUUAAGGAACUAGAGGAACAUGCUAGAAAUGGAGCCUUCUACCCCUACACACACAAUUGUCAUACUCAGAAUACCACGGCAGCUUGAAACCAGUGGGCAGUUUGGACUAAGGGAUAUACUGACACCUCCUUUUUGUCGAUCUGGUGUUUUGUCUCGAGAAUCUCACUAUGUGCAAGUCCUAUUUAUUAGUGCUGUCACUGAGUAUCUUACAAGGUAGACGUCUCCAGCUCCUCCACCUUGUGUGGUACUCAGGUAGCUUGCCCUCGUGCGUCAACAUUAAACUCUGUAAUUACAGCUUAAAUCAGAAAAUGUCCUUUCAAGGGAAUGAGAACUUUUUUUUUUAUUGUCCACAUGUGCCAUGCAUUAUGGUACAAGUAUGUUAUCUUACUAACUCAUGAAAUCAACUUUGUAAGACAGGUCUUGCAUCUCCAUUUUUGUAAUGAAGAAACUGGAAUUCAAACAGGUUAAAUAAUUUGCCCAAAGUUACAGCAGAGCCAGAACGGAAGCUGGACUAUUGGUGUAUGAACACAGGAAGUUGGUUAGUCCUACAGACUGAAACUUGAGCUCUGUAGGAUGACACCUGUUGGAAGUUCUCUUUUAAGGUAAACUGCACCAAAGCUGUGGUUCUGAGGAUAAGGGACAUUAAACUGUUAAGCCAUUGUUACUUUGGUGCCGAUGGGAUUGUCGGACUCUCUGCCCUAAGAAACUCAGAUGCAGAAUAUGAACAUUCUGCACAUAUCAGUACCAACUUAUCUAAUUGAUAGUGACUAGAAGAAUUUGUUAAUGAUUGGGCAGGUUUCAUGGAUAUAUGGCAUAGCAAAUGCCAGUUUUUUUUAACCCCCUGCUGAUGCUUUCAACUGGCAUAAAAAUACUCCAAUUUAACAAAACCUUACAAGUUGUAUUUGAUAGUUUAUUCACUUGUACAGCAUUGUCAUUACAACCCAUUUAGGUAUGCAUGAAUGAAUCUGAAGCAGACAGAUGUUGUAUAAUUCCUGUAGAUGUGGGUCCAGGAAAAUGAACUGAGCCUGUGUCUUUUUAAAGAUGUUUAUUUAGCAGUUUAUCACAGUAUGGCUUUUGCCAGGCAUGUCCCCGUUGGGUCGCUUCAGACAUGCCAACAUUGAGGGAACAAUCAGUGACCUGGACUUGAGUCUUUUUCAAAACGGGGAUAUGUUACUGUGGUGGAUCCUGGCGAUCCCUCUGUGAGGAGACCUCUGCUUCAGGAAUGGGGGGGUCUUAUUUUAGUCCCUUUGGUCUGAAGCUGCUUCGUUUUCCUAGGUCUGUUUUAUGUUGUUUUUGUACAGUAUUAUGAGUUCUGGACAUGUUUGUAAAAGAGUUGCUCAUGCUUUGUAUAAAAUGUUGUUUACAGAUCUUUUAAUGA